GUCCCGUUAUCUCGGCCGAAUUUUCUUUUCAUUUCCGCAUUUGGCAGUCAAGAAGGGUUUUAAGUCGGAAUAUUUUUGGAAUUUGGGAUCUGCGAAAUACAUCAUUUUCAAAAACGUAUACUAGAUCGCGCUCAAGAAUUUGUGUUGAAAACAGUCUGUUAGGAACUCUUCAAAGAGCUUUAACUACAAAGUGAACCAGCUGAUAGAAUGUCCCAAUCGCAGGAGCCAAAGUCAAGGGUCGCAUCUACAUCAACUCAGGGUAGCCAGCCUUUAGCCUCAGAAUCUGGUGCUACUGGAGUGCACGAGACUGUUUCAACGUCUCCUAGCCAAACAACUUUGAAUGAUUCCAAAAUAAUACCAGCCUCAUCGCCAGAACUUCUUCAAGAAGACAAAAUUGUAAAACUUUUGAAUUCUGAUGGUGCCAUUGAUGCGUUGCUGUCAAGGUUGAAGAGAAGUGUGCUGACUUGUGAAGAGUUUGCCAGAUAUAUGAGAAAGAAAGCUGUGCUGGAGGAAGAUCAUAAUGAGCAUUUGAAGAAAAUAUCUAAAACAACUCAAGAGUUAUUAAAGAGUUCCAGCUCAUUGAAGAGUGAUUCUUUCAUCACAAAUUUUGAUAAAAUUGUUAAAUUAGAUGAUAAAAUAUCUCAACACGGAUCCGGAUUCAGCAAAAGUUUACAUCAAAUGCACGAGGAGCUUACAGCUUUAGGUUCAACUAUAGCAAAAUCAAGAAAAUCAACCAAAGAAAACUUCAGAAGAAAGGAAAAGGAAGUCGUCGAUGCCAUCUCAAGUGCUGAAAAGGCAAAGAACAAAUAUGAUGGGUUUUGCUUGGAGUUGGAAAGAUUGAAGACCACCGAUCCCACAAAAAAGACAUUUACUUUAAAAGGUUCUAAAACCACAACAGAACAAGAAGAGAUUCUAACAAAGAAAAUUGAGAUUGCGGAUGCUGAUUAUAGACAAAAAGUUGCAACUUCAACUGGGUUGAGAAGCGUUUUCUUGAAUACUUUCAGACCAUCAACUGCAAAAAGUUUAAAAGACUUGAUUAUCGAAAUCGAUAUUGCAAUGAGUGUUCAAUUACAAAAGUACGCGUCAAGACUAGAAGAGUCUGUGUUAAAUACAGGUUUAACAAUUAGCCCUCUAUCAGGAAAAGACGUUCAAUCUGUUAAAAGCAUUGCUGCCUCCAUCAAUAACGAACGUGAUUUAUAUCAAUACUUAUUGAGAAGUACAGGAACUGCUACAAACAAGCAGUUAAUACCCGUGGAAUACAGACAGCAUCCAUCAAUUGCGCCAUCUACAAGUGACAGUUCAAUCAAAGUGAGAAGUUUCAAUCAAAGCAAUAACAACAGCCUACCAGCUGGACGUAAAAUCUCAACUCAUAAUGAAACUCCAUUUUCCAGUGCUCAAAGUCCAAGUAUGGUACCAACUAGCAAUUCAUUCAAAUCAAAUAAUCUAGAUCCAAGGGGUGGCUCAAACACAGUUGCAUCUUCUCCGUAUAUUGAUGGUAGCGAUGCUUCAUUCAACAGUUCCACCGUUGGUGGUCCAAGACCGCUCUCUGUUAUCAAUAAUGAAAACGUUCCAUUACCACCAGGCACAGCUUCCAACUUUAAAACAUUUGGUACUCCAAUUUCAGACUUGAUUGAAUUUGAAGGUGAAAUGGUUCCAUCCAUAGUUCGUCAAUGUAUCUAUGUGAUAGAUAAGUAUGGUUUAGAGAAAGAAGGAAUUUAUAGAACCAGUGGAAACGUCUCCACGGUCAACUCAUUACGUGAUUUAAUAGACAAAGAUCCAACCAAUAUCAAACUUAUAUUACCAAAUCCAAAUUCAGUUUCUGAUAGUGAUAUUUAUGCUGUCGCCUCAUUGCUAAAAUCCUACUUUAACUCUUUACCAGAAGCUUUAUUUACUAAUGAGGCUAGUCCAAAGUUUUUGGAAUAUAUCAAAAUUCAAGAACCUGAGCUAAGGUUGAAAAGAGUUCAUCAAGUCGUCUAUGAUUUACCUGAUGGUUCUUACUGGACAUUAAGAAGUUUGAUUUUCCAUUUGAGUGAAGUCGUUUCCAAACAAGAGGCCAAUUUAAUGAACUCUAGAAAUUUGGGUAUCAUUUGGGGUCCAACGUUAUUCCCUAAAGAUGAUUUUAAUGCUAGUGAUAUGAGUUACCAAGGUAAAUUGAUUGAAGAGUUGAUUCACCAUGCUGACGACAUUUUUGAGGCUGAAUAAGCUGAAUGUUAAUGAUAUUUUUUGUAAUGUAUACGUCAUAAAAAA